CUACAACAUUGAGCUCUCUAGGCACAGACAUGCUGUGCUAGUCGAUCCGUGCGGCGCAUGCAGUUUGUUAUUCUAUAAUCCUUUACUACUUGCUGCAUUUAUCAUACAUAUCUGAAAAUGAUGUCGAAGUUGAUCAUUAGAACAGUUGUAAUGGGCUUAUUGGUGCUCUCUGUUGCCGCUUAUGGAAAUCAAUAUUAUGCUACAACUCCUCCGCCUUAUAAGGCCUACCAAACUUGUCCUGCGAUGGGCGGUUACGCGUCGAAAUGUCGCCCAGCCGAAGAUUGCUCUGUGUGGUACGAUCUCGUUGUGGCCACUCCUAAGGCAGACUGCAAAUUAACCGAUGGCAAUGCAGGCAUCUGCUGCCCGGAUCUUCCCUACAAUGGCAAUGGAGUGCCCAUUCAACAAAAAAAAAAUCAACAUUUCAAUUCGAACUUUAAGCUUGACAUUGCAACUGUCGAGAAAGCUAUCACAGUAGGCAAAGAAAAGGUGACGUGUUUGGUUGAUACCCAAAGUUGCCUCGUCGACAGCCAGGUGGUAAACAGACCCGGUUCGUCAGGUUCUGCGCAAGCUUUCUUCUCUCGAACAUCACAGAAUGUUAUUAAGCUCAGUCGCGGUGCGCUGCCUGCUACUUUUGCUGCCGAGCAACUUGUAAAACAGUUUCAAUCUGACACAGUUUCGGCCCAACAGGUUGCAUCUGCCUUUUCCCAAAUCAGCCUCAGAGAUACGAGUUUGUCUGGCAUAUGUCCCGCCAAUCCACCCUGCAAUAAUCCCCGUUCUCCCUUCCGAACGCUGGACGGUUCGUGUAAUAACAUCGCAAAUUCCAUUUGGGGAAGAUCAUCAACCCAGUAUAUACGUCUUACUGAAUCCGAUUACGACGACGGUGUGUCGGCACCAAGGAAGGCUAAAAACUGGCGUCAAGGCCGUGAACUUCCCAGCCCCCGAUUGGUGUCCAUUUCCGUAGUUCACGAUGAGAACUCUCCUAGCGAUUCGACUACUUUAUGGACCAUGCAAUUUGGUCAAUUUAUGGACCACGAUUUAAUAUCAACUCCGGCAACCCCCGACACCAUAACGUGUUGUACGAGCGAUGGUAAACCGUUGACAGCGGAUAAACUCGAUCCUGUAAAAUGCUUGCCCAUUUCGAUCCCGCAGGACGAUCCAUUUUACUCUCAGUUCGGACAAACUUGCAUGCAAUUCCUCCGCUCCGAUGGAGCUCCAAGAUUAGAUUGCAAAUUUGGUAGCAGGGAGCAGAUGAACGCUAAUACGCACUUUUUGGAUCUGUCGGUUGUCUACGGUUCGGACGAUAAAACGGCUGAAGAUUUACGGACCAAAGAGAACGGAAAAUUAAAGGUGAGCCCCUUGAGGAAUCACCACGAGAAAUUAUUGCUACCACCUGGAGAAAGUCCACUUGGAAGACCUUGCAGUCUAGCUAGAGAAAUUUCCGGUGUUGAAGAAUCCAGCGAAAUCAAAUGUUUCAACGCAGGUGACGGUCGAUCAAGCGUGACUCCUAGCAUGGCCGUUACGCAAACUGUUUUCCUACGUGAGCACAACAGACUUACAGAUGAGCUAGCCAAAUUGAACCCGUCAUGGAACGACGAGCGUCUCUACCAGGAGGCCAGGCGCAUUCUGAUCGCACAAGCGCAACACAUUGCCUACAACGAAUGGCUACCUAUCGUCAUCGGUAGAAAAAAGAUGCAAGAACUUGGCCUGUUACCUCUUCAAAGUGGGUUCAGUCAAAGUUACGACGCCAAUCUAAAUCCAGCCAUCACCAAUGAAUUCGUUGCCGCCGCUUUCCGUUUCGGCCACUCGCUCGUUCAAGGAAGAUACAGUUUAUUCAAUGAACAGAGGCAGAAGGUGGGGACUGAAAAAGUUUUACGCCAACACUUUUUCAGAACACAAGAGGUUUACACCCCGGGGAAUCUCGACAAGUUUCUCAUAUCUUUAGCUACAACACCAGUUCAAAAUGUAGACAACGGUUUCACCGUAGAGCUCACUAACCACUUGUUCGAAGAUCCCGCCCAGCGCUUCGGUGCCGAUUUAGUUGCUCUAAAUAUUCAACGCGGUCGUGAUCACGGUAUACCUAGCUACAAUGCUUAUCGUGAGAUGUGCGGUCUCAAAAAAGCAUCAAAUUUCGAUGAUCUCUGUGACACAAUACCCAGCGUGAUUAUCAAUCGCUUUAAAAUGCUAUACGACUCAGUCGAUGAUAUUGAUCUGUUUAUCGCUGGUACUUCCGAGCGAGUUGCCGAAGGUGCCUUGGUAGGCCCCACAUUCCAGUGUAUGAUUGGCCAACAGUUUUUGAGAAUCAAGCGGGGUGAUCGAUAUUUCUACGAUCUUUCGGGACAGGCCGGUUCAUUCACACAAGCUCAAUUGGACGAAAUUCGUAAAGUCAGUCUGGCACGUCUAGUCUGCGACAACAGCCGCGUCGAGAAAUUCCAGCCAUUGAUCUUCAAAUCUGUAUCUGCCACUAACCCGAUCGUUGACUGUAAAUCGUCUUCCAUUCCGAGCAUGAGUCUUCUUCCGUGGAAAUAACGAGAUGCGCAAUUCGGAUAACCACGGUGGUCCCGUCAAGUUCUGGGACAUAACACGAUGGAUUACUAACCGAAAACCAUCUCUUUCUUUGCUAGACAUAUGCAGUUGUCUUCAAUUCAAACAAAAAUAUGAUUUAUCACAUUAUAUUGAUUGAAGACAGAAAGCAACAUUGGCAAUAUAAAUGAUUCCUGAUA